UUUAUGAUCAUAUGUGUAGUCAGCUAAAAAGAAAAAUAUUGAAACUUCUAUUUAAAUAACAUUUAAUCUUAAUUUAAACGUGGUAUAUAAUUUUCUCUAUCAUGAAGUACUGUCCUUUUUUUUCAAUAGUGUUUUAUAUAUUAGGAAUUUUUUCAAUAAUACCAGCUAGAUGUGCUAGAAUAUUAGCUAUAGAAACCAUAGGAGCCAAAAGUCAUUGGAAUUUUAUGAGAGCAGUUUUGCAGACAUUAACAGACAAUGGACACCAAGUAGUAGUUUUUACUCCGUUCUUGGAUGGAAACCGAAAAAACUACACAGAAAUCAGUUUACCACAAGAAAUACCAAGGCAAAUUAAUUUAGAAAUGGAUUCAACACUUCAAAAAUGGGAAAGUCCAAUCAAUUCUAUUUCGUAUUUGGCUAGUGCGGUUAAAAGGUAUCGUGAUGUAAUCUUUAGUGAAAAACAAAUACAAGAACUCGAUUCUAAUUCCAAAUUCGAUCUUGUCAUUAUAGAACCUAUCACGACAGAAGACUUCUCUGUGAUUGCUACAAAACUCAACGUGCCCAUUAUUUACGUCUCACCAACGACCACUCUUAGUUAUAUGGAAAGAUUUUUUAUCGGUCAAAUUCUUAAUCCUGCUUAUGUCAGUCAUUUAUUUUAUAAGCAAACUAAUAUAACACACUCGUUUACACAUAGGUUCAACAACUUUAUUUUGUAUGCUUUUGAAUUGUCGCGUUUGUUUUACGAAGAAAGCUUCACGCACUCUGUUCACUUCAAACGAUAUGAAAAUAUUCCACCUACUAAGCCAUCCAUAAUAUUUCAGAAUAUACAUUAUAUAACAGAACUAUCAAGACCAUUUAUGCCAAAUGUCAUACAAAUCGGAGGUAUACACUUAAACUCACCUAAAAGCAUACCCAGUGAUAUUUUGGAAUUCAUUGAAAAUUCUCCAAAUGGAGUAAUAUUUUUUACUUUAGGAUCAAUAAUGUCUGUAUCUACUUUACCAGACCAUAUUCUCAAUACAUUAAAAAAAGCAUUUUCAAAAUUUCCUCAAAGAAUUUUGUUAAAAUUCGAAGGAGAAAUGAAAGAAAAACCAGUCAACGUAAUGACAAAAAAGUGGUUUCCACAGCGUGAUAUACUAAUGCAUCCGAAUGUUAUCCUUUUUAUAAGCCACGGAGGUAUAUCAGGUAUGUAUGAAGCUGUAGAUGCUGGUGUACCUGUUCUAGGGUUCCCUUUAUGUUUUGAUCAGCCAAGAAAUAUUGAUAGUUUAGUAGAAGCUGGAAUGGCUUUAUCUAUGGAUUUGAUGUCACUAUCCGAAGAACCAUUUUACGAAGCUGUAACUGAACUUAUAAAUAAUAAAAAAUAUACUGAAAAUGCUAAAAUUACAUCUGAACGAUUCAAGGAUAGACCAAUGUCGCCUGCUGAGUCUGUAGUUUAUUGGACCAACUAUGUCAUUCGGUAUAAGGGAGCACAUCACUUGAAAUCACAAGCUCAUGAAUUAACCUGGUAUCAAUACUUCUUAUUAGAUGUCAUUAGUGUAAUAUUUUUAGGUUCAUUUACAUUAUUAUAUAUUUUUAUUCGAUUAAUAAAAGUUGUAAAUAGGUUGAUUGUUAUAAUUUCAAAAUAUCAUAAAAAUGAAUUACAGUAAUAAAUUAAAUUUUAUGAAAAACAAUAACACUUGUAAUAUACUCGUCACUAUCAUAAUAUGGAAUAACAGUCGGCUACCCUGUUUGUGUCCACAAUACUGCUCUUUUUAAUCUUUUCGUUUAAGAUAAUCAACAUUUCCUUUAUAUAUUAUAUUCAUAGAAGAUCAUCAUUAUUUUCUAACGAAAAAUUUUAAUAAAUAACUUAGAGAAAUAUUUAACAAACUAAUACUGUUUAACCAUAUUAUAUUACACAGGAUUCAACUAUAAAUUAGUUAUUAAUCACUUUUAAAGACACUCUUUACCAAGAGGAAAUAUAUUAAUUAUACUUGUCAUCUCUUUUUAGCUUCGGUGCGAAGCUGCGAAUGUAUUUAAUUUUACUAUGAUGUGUUUUUUUUUGUGUCUGGUACCACUUUUUCUCAGCUUUUAUCGUACUGAUUUCUUCUAACAAUACGUCAAAAGAUCACAAAUCGUAUCUAGUCGAAGAUAUUCCCCUCAAAAAUUAAAAACAUUUCCCUCGUUCCUCGUAAAUGGUGGAAUCUCCAAAAAAAUUACAAAUUUAAAAAUCGUUAAUUUUUGAAAAUUUUCAAUUUUUUUAAGUUAAAACUGCUAUGACUUUUUUAAAAAUUACCAAAUCAAUAUAAUUUUAUUUUGAUAGAUACAUGAUGUCUUUACCUAUCAUUUGAUAUAUUUUUUUAUAAAUUUGACCCUUUACCUGUCUAAAUUUUUCAAUUUAACUUUUGAAAGUGUUCCAAAAAUACUAACACUUUUAUAUAUACUUUAAAUUAAAGCGUAUGUAAUAUACUUUAUAAUGGGGAAAAAAACUUUUGGACUUUAAUUUGUCUUCACGGUGAAAAUGGCUACCGUAUGCUAUUUUUGUGUUAAAAUUCUCGAUUUUAUAUUUUUAACUUUAUAAUGCUAUGACUUUUUGAAAAUUUAUGGAUUAAUACAAUUUUUUUAUAAAAAAUAAUACUUAU